AAAAUUGAGCAACCUAGGACCGCAGACAAGCAAAUCAAGUCGGGCCGGGCCGCGUCGGACGCCCGCUGUCAUCCGAUGUCAUUGGGUUGACGUUUGUAUAUUUUCUUUGUUGAUAGUCGUUUCAUUUUCUUGAUCAGACUAAUAUCUCAAGUGAAUUGUGUAUUAACCAAACUACAGAUUCUCUUAAAAUGGAUUCGAAACCGAAAAAUUCGUAUAAAACCGCUAAGGGAGAAGUAAGUAUUUGAUUCCCUUUUAUUCAACGAUGUAUUCCUAUGUCUUAAAUGCCAUGCAAAUGCAAAAAAUUCAUAGAAUCAGUGUUUACAUUGCAACACUCCGCUAGCAGAGUGACUAGCAUGUUAUAAAAGAAGCUAUUUUAACACUUUGUUUUACAUUAUUUCAGCAUUUGUUUACGAUGGAGGAUACUUUGCAAUUUAUAUCCAAAAUAGAAGCGUGUCCACUUUUGUGGAAUAAAAGGGAUCCUCAAUAUAAAGAUGUGGCAAAGCAAGACAAUGUGUGGCAGAAAGUGGCCAGUGAAUUGAGCAUUCCUGUACUUUUAGCCAAAGAGAAGUGGCAAAAUCUACGGUCUACAUACAGAAAAAAUCGAAUAAAGGUUAACAAUAGUAUCCAGUCGGGAGCAGGUUAGUUUCGACACUAACAUCGGUUUUUUAUAACCCUUGUAUGUAACACUACUAUAUAUCCACUGCACCGUUAUAUGACGCUACUAUAUCAUUUUAUUUUAGGUUGUAAUGAAAUAUUUAGACCAAAUUGGUUCGCGUACGAAGCGAUGCAGUUUCUCAACGAAAAUCUAAGUGCUGGAGACACAAUUGAUACGUUAAGACCACCUAAAAGUUUGGUUCACCGGCAAAAUUUGGAAGCAACAAGCAACCCUUCCAAAAUACCACGGCUAUCUCCGUCGUCUAGCGUGACGAAUCUUGAUGGAGCAGUACCAAGCACGUCGAAGAACAAGGGAUCGCUUGGUCAGCAUAUACCAAGCACGUCGACGAACAAGGGAUCACCAGGAAUACCAAGCACGUCCCCUGGCCAGACACCGCGUUUCCAGCUUAUGCCUGGAACGUCGAUCGUACGAGGACAGCGUGUCCAAAUUAUGUCAAACGCGACAUCGGGACAAGCGUUGCGAUUUCAGCCAAUACCGGUCAUGUCGACUAGCCAGGCUGCACCAAACACGUUCUCAGGACAGAUACCUCGGUUCCAACUUGUACCAUCACUGUCUGCGGGAGUUGGAACACAAGUUCAGGCGCAAAAUGACACGUCGACGGGACACGAAUCGCGCGGUCAGCCAGUUCCGAUAACGUCAACAGAUCAAGCAGUAGCGGUCCAGUCAAGAUCGAACACGACAACUGGCAUACCUGAAACGGACCAGGGAGUACGGGUCCAUUCGGAACUGGAAACUUCGAUGAACGAAGAACAAGAAGAACAACCUAAUAACGCAUCGUCACAAAAUGCUCCACGGCUUUCCAGACAAGCUAGAGUUGAUGGAAAAAUUUUGAGCUGUCUAGAAUAUCUUGAGAGUUCAUAUCAAAAAAUGCAAGAGCGAGAACCCGUGUCUGCGUUUUUAGAUUUGGUAGCCGAACGAAUGCUACGUAGAAAAAAAGAGGAUUUGGAAAAAAUGCAAAAUGAGAUUUUGCAGGUCAUUGAACGAUUUGAAAUCGAUGAUAGAAAUGAAUAGCAGUAGCUGUGUCUCUGCAAUGAGGGAUCUUGUUCCCAGUGAAUAAGGAGGGAGGGGCAUCGAUGGAUAGGACGUUAGACCGCUUACCGUAAAGCCUACAGCAGGUUGUAACUUAACUAAACAGCGUGGUCAACGGUUAUGUUACGCAAACGUACUGCAUUUCGAUACGGACAUUUAUGUUAAAAACAAAUAUAAAAGCAGCGUCAUCUGCACAAACUAUCUAGUUUAAAGACAUUCUAACAACAUGUCGACAUAUAUGGACAUAUGUGGAUAUAUGGAUAUAUGACCGAAUGGACCGUGCCUCCAUGAGUAGGACUGAAUAUCCUGCUAUGGCGGGGGAAUCAAUAAGUCACUGCAAACCAACCCGCACUAGUGAUACAUCAAGGCCUCGACCGACAACGGGUGUAGUGUCAAAGAAGAAGACAUUCAGAACAUUGGUCCUUGCAUAGUGAAUCAAAGUAUUAACUACUUACCGCUACAUAAUCAGCAAGUACCUCAAUCAACGCAUCACAAACUUCUGGCACUAUUUUUCGGAUGGUGGACGGAGAUACCUAAAAUAUGUAUUUAAAUAAACUGUGCUUUAUGUCGAUAUGUUUUGUUAAACUUAACUUACACGAAAUAGAAACUGCAAACUUUUAAAA